AUGGGAUGCUGUCUAUCUGAUAGAUCUCUUGAUGAUAAAAACAAAAAGACCAAAGCGAGCGACGAUAAAAGAAAAAACACGAAAGAAACUCGCCUUCAAAGAAAUUCAUCCACAAAAGGACUCAAUAAAGGCUCAUUUGUAAAAAGCAGCAAAUCUUCUGUUCAUAAAAAUUAUGAGAUGAUUAGAACAGUCGGAGAAGGAGGCUUCGGUAAAGUUUAUGUGGUUAAAGACAAAAGAACUUCAGCAAUUAAGGCUAUGAAAGAAAUACCAAAAAUUAAUGUAGAUAUAACUUAAAAUUGUUGAGUGGGUUUUUGUAGGCACUUUAAAAGAUUCUUUAUCCACACUUCUUAGACUCACCGCUGGCUUAAUUAUAUAUGCCUACCUUUAAGUGGCUUACUUAUUUCGUUUAUAUACCUUGCAUUUAUAUAUAAGAAUAAAUUGGAAUGAGUGCAAAAUGGUUAAGGAGGCUGGCUCUCUACGGCAUUUUAAUUUAUAUAAAUAAUAUAGAUAACAACAAAAAAGUUGAUGAAGAAAUCGAUAUACUAAAAGAACUGGUAAAAAACUAUAUAGGAUCAUCCAAAUAUCAUGAAAAUAUAUGAAGUUUAUGAAUCCUCAAAAAGCUAUUACAUAAUAAGUGAGUUCAUUUCUGGCGGGGAGCUUUUUGAUAAGAUUAUUGCAGCUAAGUAUAUUAGUGAAAAAUUAGCUGCUAUCUCUCAAUUAAUAGAAUUUUAGUUUUUGAAUAUUCAUUAAAUAAUUUUUGGAUUUGCAUACGAAUACUUCUAUGAGGAGCAGCAAUAAUCGCAUCAAAAAUCGCUAAAAAAUUUGUUUAUAAUUAAAAUUUUUAGAAAAAUCCUAAAUUCUUUUUUCCUACUAAACAAAAUUUUGAAAAUUUUGUUCAUUAUAAACUGGGAGAAGUAAGUAUUUGCAUGAUAUUAUGGGAGCUAUAAAUUAUUGCCACAGCCGAGGAAUAGUUCAUAGAGAUCUUAAGCCAGAAAACUUGCUUUUAGAUUCAAAAGAUGAGAACGCAAACAUAAAAAUCAUUGAUUUUGGGAUCUCAGAAAGACUAAAAUCUGAUGCCAAACUUAGGGAAACGAUUGGAACUGUAAAAAUUAUAUAGCUUUAUUAUAUGGCUCCAGAAGUAGUUAAAGGGGAAUAUGAUCAAAAAUGCGAUGUUUGGAGCGCAGGCGUGAUUUUAUACAUAAUGCUCUGCGGCAGACCUCCAUUCUAUGGCAAUUCUAACCUCGAGCUGAUUAAAUGCAUAAAAAAAGGUCCAAAAAUGACAGAUAAAAUAUGAAACUCUAUAUCUGCAGAAGUAAAAGACCUUAUCCACAAAAUGCUUGCAGUAGAGCCUGCAGAUCGUCUCAGUGCAGCUGAUGUCCUAGCUCAUCCAUGGAUGAGUAGCUAUAUAAACAAUACUAUAGUAGAUACCAAAAUCUCCCUGGAUGCCUUAUCAAAUCUGGGAACCUUUAGAGCGGGAAAUAAGCUAGAAAAAUCAAUUCUUACCUUUAUUACUUCACAAGUGUUCGGGGAAAAAGAAGAAGCUGAACUUGCUGAACUUUUUAAAGCUUUAGAUGCCAACGGUGAUGGAAAACUAAGCCAAGAAGAACUUCUCACUCACUUUUAAUUUAAACCCAAAAUCUGUAUCAAUUUAGAAGGUUUUGAAAAAUAAAAUGCAUAAUUUUGAAAUUUUUCAUAUUUAUGAACUUUAUUUGUUCAAAGUGCUUUGAUUAAUAAUGCUCUUUUUCGCACUUCCCAUUAAAAAUAAAGCAAUUUAUAUGUAAUAUUUGGCUUUGGAGACCUUAUUUUAGGUAUCAAGGGGAUUUACAUAUAAAUUGUUAUUUUUAACUAUCAAAAAAUUUUUAUUUCUCAAUUAAAUAGGGAUUAUUUCACCAAAAAAAAAUUUUACUUAUAUCUUUUCAAAUUUAAAUGAGGAAGUAAAUGGAUAUCAUCAAUUGAAAUGAAGCUCUCCUGAAGAAGUUAAAGAAAUCAUGAAAAAAUGCGACACUGAUGGAAGCGGGUUUAUUGAUUUCACUGAGUUUAUCACAGCUGCUACAAAUUGGAAUCAGAUUUUGCAAAAAGAGCAGCUUAUAUCUGCCUUUAAAAUGUAUGAUACUAGUGGGGAUGGACAGUUGUCUUUGGAUGAGCUGAAAAAUGGAAUACCUGGGAUUAAAGAUAGUGAGUGGGCUGAGUUUUUGAAUGAAGCAGAUAAGGAUGGGGAUGGAAAUAUUAGUUUAGAGGAGUUAAAAGAGUAUUUGACCAAGAAGGUAUUGGUUUAA